GGACCCGUUCCCGAUACACGCACUGCCGACGUGCGGGUACGCACUCGGAGCCUGUCUACAGCGGUCCAAAUGUUCAUACAUGUACGAGAACUACGUCAACGCGUGCCGCUUCGAAGGAGACACGUGCCACAUGUCAAACAGCUCAGCAUGCGCGGAUGCCUGGAAUCAGCUGAAACUAACUCCUGUAUUCGGUUGCAUCUGCCCAAACUUACACGAAGAGAACUGCGAGAAAAUAUUCAAGACUGUGCACAACAAUCCGUGCAUAUUGGACGGUCUGGGCGGCGCCAACGCCAGCCGACGCCGCGUCGACCCGCUGCUGGUGGCGCCGCUGUUUAACAUGAGCUCUGAGCGGCCGCAGCCGUCCAGCAUGGAGCGGACGCUGCAUGGACACCACUACGAGCAGGGGCACAGUUCCAUCCCCGGGCGUCAUCAGACUAUUACGCAUCACCACGUGACCGGGGUCACCAGCGUUCCGGGAGACGACGUAUUCCAGUCCUCCUGCCACACCGCUCUGGACAACUGCCUGCAGGACGACCGCUGCAGCGCCCGGCUGGAGCCGGUGCUGGCCGACUGUGACGAGACGGCCUGCAGCCGACACAUGUGCAUGCAGCGGCUGCAGCAGUUCUACGCUCAGGCCGACAGCGUGCUCGUCAUGGACGCCGCCUUCUGUGUCUGUCGGCGCUCUGCGGACGGCGACGGCCGCUGCUUGCGCGCCAUGGAGCGGCUGCACCCGACCAGCGCCUCCGCCCAGCACAGCUGCCAGGACUGGGAGCGUCUGCUCUGGGCAAACCCCUGUGUCGCUCUGUCACAGCGCGAGCAUCACCAGUUGCGUUGGGGCGCUAUCCACGGAGGUGCAGCUGUGUCCCGCACGACCUCGCCUCCGGUCGAAGCGACUUCCGCUCACGGUGACCCACGUCCAAACCCCGGCCUCCGACCCGACUUCCGUCGCCCGGCCGCCACCACUCCGAGCUCCACGGCACCUCCGGCGCCGCCAACGACGACCACGAGAGGAGCCACCGUCGGCCGCCGGCCCCAGCCGUACUGCACCGCCCGCAAACAGGGCACCGUGGUCGACCACAUUCCAGUCGGCUCCGGGAUCAGGUACUAUGUGCAGGACGAAUCUCCGGACAAGUACCGGGUGCAGAGGGACUGCUCAGAGCUGUGCAUGUGCCACGGCCGCCACCGGCUCGUCUGCAACGUGCUCGACUGCGUGGAGAAGAAGAGCUGUCAGGCAGACCUGGCCGUGUACCCGCACGGCGCGGCCCGACUGCUGCCCUUCAGGGAGGGCUGCAUCUGCCACCACGGAGACUUUGUCUGCAUGAGACCUUCAGCAGAUGACUAUACCCUUCCAUUUGGCGUGUUCCUGUUCCUUGGGUACAGCAAAACAGAUGAGGAUGCUUUAUUUCCAUACACCCACAAGAGGGUCAAGGAUCACGUAGCUGAAGAAUUAGAACACUUACUGGAACUCACAAUGACUAAGAGGGGCAUGCGACUGCAGGACUGGCCGUGCUCCUUGUCUGUGAAGCAGCACUUUCAGUCAUCGAAUAAUCUUAUCAUCCAAGCAAAGCUGGACGAAGUCGAGAAAUCAUACAAUCAGAGCAUCAAUCAACGAUUGCUUAACAGAGAAAAGGCAAAAUGUACCAAGCCGCUGAGAGACAUCAGCUUCAUGGUGAACAACCGCGAGCCAGAGAUUCUCUCGCACCCUCUACUCUCCGUCUUCAAGAUGGCCGAUCUGGAGGUGACGAUCCCCGACAUGUCGGCGGCCGGCGGCCGGCGGCCCAGCUGGGCCCAGCUGGUCCCGGUCUUCGUCUACCUGGUCUGGCGGGCCGGCGUUCGGGCGUGACGCCCAGGCCCCGUCUCCGCCCGGCAGUGUGGCCGCCUCCGUCCUCCCCUGCCCGGUCCGCCGGCGUCCUCGCGAUGCGGCGACACGACGUGCUGUG